CAGGUGGAGGGCGCAAACAGAGAGAAACCAAAUGGGAAGGAAAAAAACAAGAUGAAGGGAAGAAAGGAAAGGAGCGCUGCCUCUCGUAAAGCACGCUGACAGAAACAAACAGAGAGAGAGAGGCAGGGAGGAACUGGAUAACCCAGCGACUCCGGCACUGUUUCUAGCAGAGGGAAGGAGGAGGAAGAGUGCGAUGCUACAGUGCUGCUCUGCCUGAACCAAAGCAGGAGGGAAGGAAGGAGCAACAGAGAAGAGGAGGAGAAGGAAUCCCUCGAAAAACAGCCUGAAGAGUGGACAGAGAAAGAGGAUGGAGGAGAGGAGAACACGCAGAAACCCUUGGGUGCUCAGGCUCACAUGAGUGUAUGGACCUGUGCCCGGCCGGAGUUACUACAAGAUGCUGUCAAAGAACGAGCGUGCGAGGGCGGAGUGUUAGUGUGCGAGUGAUGGAUGUCUGUUUGCACAAACUACGGCCGCUCCGCAAAAGUCAGCAGAAGUAGACGAGAGGCUCGUGUCUCUGUCAGAGCAGGUGUGUGCGAGUGUCGGUGUGAGAACAUAUGACACACCAGCUGUUUUAGGAGGUAAACAGAGCCGGGGUAGCCCAGAGGAGAGAAGAAGGAAGACACGUUCACGUGAGGAAGUGCAUGAAAGGCGAAUCGCACACGCGGAGUCAACCGGUUCAGAGUCGCAGUUAGUGGUGUGAGGAAAGCGUGGUGGACAGCACAUUUAAUAGAAGACAGGGAGUUUACAAUGAGGUGUCACUGAGCUUCUCCGGGGUUCCUGACUUCUCUAUACCAAACCAGCCACCUGAAGCCACUCCCUACCUCAACUCAACCCAACAAGUGGACUUGAACACUGAGAGACAAGGACUUGAACCCCAGCUGUCUGGGAAGCCCACCUGAAGUGGGGUCAGUCCUGACUUUCUGUGCCCAGUGGAUGCCUCCUGACUCCAACCAUGGGAGAAUGGACCAUCCUAGAGCGCCUCCUGGAGGCCGCUGUGCAGCAGCACUCUACUAUGAUUGGAAGGAUCUUGCUGACUGUCGUUGUCAUCUUCCGUAUUCUGAUUGUGGCCAUCGUCGGAGAGACGGUGUACGAGGAUGAGCAGACCAUGUUCAUCUGUAAUACUUUACAGCCGGGCUGCAACCAAGCUUGCUAUGACAAAGCCUUCCCCAUUUCCCACAUCCGCUACUGGGUCUUCCAGAUCAUACUGGUGUGCACACCCAGCCUCUGCUUUAUCACCUACUCUGUCCAUCAGUCAGCCAAGCAGAGAGACCGGCGCUACUCUUUUCUCUAUCCAAUAAUGGAGAGGGACUACGGCGGAAGGGAUGGGGCUCGGAAGCUCCGCAACAUAAAUGGAAUUCUAGUUCAGCACGGAGGGGAUAGUGGAGGAGGGAAGGAAGAACCUGACUGUCUGGAGGUGAAGGAGAUCCCCAAUGCCCCACGGGGCCUCACGCAUGGAAAGAGCUCCAAGGUUCGCCGGCAAGAAGGGAUCUCCCGCUUUUACAUCAUUCAGGUGGUGUUCAGAAACGCCCUAGAGAUUGGCUUCUUAGCGGGCCAGUACUUCCUUUACGGCUUCAGUGUGCCUGGGAUUUUCGAGUGUGACCGCUACCCGUGUCUCAAGGAGGUGGAGUGCUACGUUUCCCGGCCCACAGAAAAAACGGUUUUCCUGGUCUUCAUGUUUGCCGUGAGCGGCAUUUGCGUGGUGCUCAAUCUGGCUGAACUCAAUCAUCUCGGCUGGCGCAAGAUCAAGGCUGCCAUCAGGGGGGUCCAGGCCCGCAGGAAGUCUAUCUGUGAAAUCAGGAAGAAGGACAUGGCACAUCUGUCUCAGCCACCCAACCUGGGACGCACGCAAUCCAGCGAAUCGGCCUACGUCUGACGAUAAAGGGAGACAACAGAGGGGGAGCGGAAUGAAUGUGCAACAGAGAGAAUGAACAAAUUCUGAUUUCAAUUUAAUGAAGAUGGUGUGGAGGUCAAACAAGAUGACCUCUCCUCUAUGACGGAAUGAAACAGAAUGUAAAAAAAAAAAGGACCAAACCUCAGGCUCUGCGGCGCUGAAAGUCAGCAGAGGCUUGAAAAGGAAGAAAAUUAGAGAGCAUCAAAGAGAACAAUAAAUUUCGUUUUGCAAACAUACAUAAUAAAGACAUGCUGAUCUCAUAAGGAGAUAGUCCAACUGCCAUUUUAUACUUCUGUCUUUUUUAACUAACGACCUUCUCUGCUUCUCGUUUCUUAUGCGGAGAAUUAAAUCCUCACGGGGCUGAUCUAGAGACGAGAGUAAGAGGGGAAGAGGGAGGAAAACAGAUGAGAGGCUGUUUUGUGUUCUCUGGGGAUAUUCGAAGGCGACAUGGUUGUUUGAUGCAUCCCAUGGUG